UACAAUUAUUAGAGUCAUCUAGAUUUUAUCAGAUUUUAAAGGGUGUUUAUAUAUAUUUUGUUAAGUGUUUUGUCAAAAUUUUCUGCUAUAGUUUAAUCUCGCCUGUAGACUAUAGACUCUAUAGACUGUGAUCUCUCUUUCUUUCUAGACUCCAAGCUUUCUCUCUCUUUCUCUAUUAAGUCUACUACUCUUCUAAAACUAAUCUAAUCUCUAUAGGGGGUUUGAGUAGGUGUUGCUUUCUCUACACGUGAUUCAAAUUAAGUGUUUAAACUUCAAACUAAGUUUCUCUUGGAAUGGCUGCACCAUCAUCAUCUUAAUUCAUCAGUUUAAUCCACCCCACCCCACAGCUCAAUAACCCCACCCUUCAUCUCUCCUGGAUAAUCUUCUAUUUAAGUUCAAGACUCUCACUCACACUUUUCACAGUCCACAUGGAUCAACUUAACAAACUAUAAGGAGGAGUCAAAGAGAUACAAAGAGCGAGAGAAAAUUUAUACACUUAGAAAUUCAGUUUUAAGUUCAUUAGUUUCUGUCGGCUGCAGCUAGUGUAGGUUAUAUUACAUCUAAUUGAUGGGUGAAAUGAUAAAAAUCUUAGGUUGGGAUGAUUUGAUGAUGAUGAAGAAGAUGGUGAGAGAUGUUAGUAAACAAGAAAGAGUUAUAAUUAUUAGAGAGUAUGAUGAAGAAAAAGAUAAGUUAAAUGUACAAGAAAUGGAAAGAAAAUGUGAAGUUGGUCCUACCAACGGUGAAACUUCUCUCUACACAGAUGAUUUAGGUGACCCUAUUUCUCGUAUUCGCCAUUCUCCUAAUUUCCUCAUGCUGGUAGCUGAAAUGGAGACUGAGAAUGAUCAAAAAGAGAUAGUGGGUCUAAUUAGAGGCUGCAUCAAAACUGUUACAUGCGGUAAAAAACUCUCUAGGAAUGGUAAAAAUGGUAACGGAAAUGAUAUCAUCAUCAACAGCAAUAUUCAAGGCAAUAAGUUCAUUCCUGUUUAUACUAAACUCGCAUAUAUCUUGGGAUUGCGCGUUUCUUCUUCUCACAGGCGAAUGGGUAUCGGGUUGAAGCUGGUCACCCGACUAGAGAACUGGUUCGCUGAAAACGGGGCAGAAUAUUCUUACAUGGCCACCGAGAAAGACAAUGAAGCUUCAGUUAAGCUCUUUACAGAACGAUGUGGGUAUUCAAAGUUUCGGGUACCAUCCGUAUUAGUCCAACCCGUAUUUGCUCAUCGUAUCCGGAUCUUAAAAAGAAUCCAAAUCUUUCGUUUACCAACAUCUGAAGCCGAGAAGCUAUACCGUGCUCGGUUCUCCACAACUGAGUUUUUUCCUCGUGACAUAGAUUCAAUUCUCAACAAUACACUUAACCUAGGAACAUACUUGGCCGUUCCACACGGUACGUUUCCGUCUUCAUCAUGGCCUGGAACUGAUAAAUUCUUACGUAACCCACCGAAAUCAUGGUCUAUAUUGAGCAUAUGGAAUACGAAAGAAGUAUUCAUGUUAGAAGUUCGGGGAGCAUCGCGAACAAGACGUGCUUUAGCAAAGACGACAAGAAUUAUGGACAAGGCUUUGCCCUGGUUGGGUAUACCAUCCGUGCCACAAUUGUUUAGGCCGUUUGGAUCUCACUUUUUGUAUGGUUUAGGCGGAGAAGGGCCUUCAUCAGUGAACUUGAUGAAAGGAUUAUGCGGGUUCGCACAUAACUUGGCCAAAGAAAGUGGGUGUAGCGUAGUAGCAACAGAAGUAUCAAGUUGUGACCCAUUGAGAUUAGGGAUUCCAAACUGGAAGAGGUUGUCAUUAGAAGAAGAUCUUUGGUGUAUCAAGAGAUUGGGUGAAGAUUAUAGUGACGGGUCUAUUGGAGAUUGGACAAAAUCACCACCUGGAAUUUCUAUAUUUGUUGAUCCUCGACAAGUUUAGUGACUUAAAAAGCAUAGAGGACAAGAAAAGUUGAACGAAAAAGAGUUUCUUUUUCCUUUUCUUUUCCUUUUGGAGAGUUUUAGUUUGUCUCUUUUGAAACUCUCUUCUUUUUUCUUUUUUGUUAUUAGUGUUAUAGUGAAGCUUCUAGUGCUGAUUUCAGUGUAACCGUUGUAAUGAUGAUAUAUAUGGAUAGAUAUAAAGCACAAGUAACAGUGGAGGAAUUAGGAAUUUAGCAUCCUUCUUAA